AUGACUGUGAACUCUCAAGUAACUUGUUCUCAAUGGGUAUUUGACGUUAUCAGCAUCCCAUACAAGUUGUCCUUCGAAUGUGAUCGAUACUACUUCAAGCUUAUGGAUCGUGAUGAAUCUUGUUUACGAUGGCAUUUGAAGAUAUUGGUUGAUGAUAUCGAUACGCCAAGGGCGUACGCUAAGACAGUUACUAAUGUUAUUAAUUUUGUCAGAGCACGUCUAGCUAAUGAGGCAAAAGAUCGUCUCAGAAAGGCAGACCAUCCAAUUUCUCCGCCGCUGCCAAGAAUAUCAAGUCACUCCAAACUUUAUAAUCAACAAGCGACUUCACGAGAUAAGCGGUGUUCCCAAAGAAAGCCGGCAGAUGCAGAAGAUCGAGCAACAACUCCUACACUACAGGAGAAGUUCAGACAAUUAGUAGACCAUCAGCAACAUAAGAAGGUUAGUAAAUCUGUUAAAUCUACCUCUGUAUGUGCAGAUCACAACGGCACCAUUGCUAAUAAGAACAGUGCACAAAGUUCAUUUCGUGUUUCUGUGAUUGGCGAUGUACUCAUCUCAGCUGACGCGCUUUCCGUUUUGGAUCUCGGCCCUAGUUUCGCGCCUGUGCAAUCAAUAAGUCCGGAGGUAUCACGCAAGAUUGUGGGCGGCCUCCAAUUGGUUCAUGAUAGGUUGCGACUGGGAGCAAAAGAAGAAGAGCGAAGGCAAGAGAACAGAAUAGCUGAGCAAGUGUCCUUACCCUCCAUACCUUUCCCGCGUAUGAUGUGUAAACCACCUGAACCCAACCCCACGGUAGACAACAGGUUUCGAGUGUUCGCAACAUCGGUAUAUUCCGUUUCGGGGCGUUUCUCGAAAAAAAAACACGUAAAUUUCAAUCUCUCUGUCGCGCAACGCCGAGGCCUACGUGAGAUUCACAAUCUUAUUACAGCUGGAGAGAUCAAUGUCUCCGUUAGUGAUAAGGGAGGCGAAUUUGUUGUUCUAUCACGCGAACUAGACAAGGCGAUAACGAGACAACAUCUUGAGGAUGACAAUCUAUAUGUCCCAUCCUUCGCCAAUGGGUUCAGAAAGCAAUAUCGCCGCCUAAAUAGGAUUUGA